GAGAGUUCUGUAUCUGGAUCCACAGGCAGGAGAAGGAGAUUGCCCCACUAGGCCUAGCAUGUAAGACCUCAAAGCCCAUCCCCACAAUGACACACUUCCUCCAACAAGGCCAUGCCUCCUAAUAGCACCACUCUCUAUGGGCCGAGCAUUCAAGCACAUGAUUCUAGUGGGGGCAUACCUAUUCAAACCACCACAUUUAUGAGUGUUGAGAAUCGAACCCUGAUCCUCUGGAAGAGCAGUCAGUGUGCUUUCUCUGUGCAGGCCACACUUGUGGCUCAGAUGACAACUCUGGCUGUACCCAUGGCCGUGUCGUUAUUUGGCCCUCUGAGCCUGGCCUCCCAUGAAUCUUGUCUUCCAGAUCCUCCCCAGCCUUCAGGCCAGUGGUGCCAUGCUGGAUGUGGUGGACAGCUGCUCCAUGCUCUACCGUCUCCAGAUGGAAGGGGUGUCCCUUGGCCAGCGGUGGCAGGCUGUCCUACCGGUGACUAAGAAGCAUACCCAGGACCACGUCCUUCUGUUCAAUGACGCUCACUUCCUGAUGGCCUCUCUGGGUGCCCGGGACCUCCAGACCACACAGGAGCUGCUGACCACCCUGAAGGAGGCCAGCGAGUCCCCAGGAGAGAGCUGCCAGCACCGGUUGGCACAAGAUGUGGGGCUGCCCCUGUGCCAGGCCCUUGUGGAGGCUGAGAACGGGAACCCUGACCAAGUCCUAGAACUUCUCUUGCCAAUCCGCUACCGAAUCGUCCAGAUUGGGGGCAGCAACGCCCAGAGAGACGUCUUCAACCAGCUGUUGAUUCAUGCGGCCCUCACCUGCACUUCCAGCGUCCAUAAGAAUGUGGCCCGGAGCCUUCUGAUGGAGCGUGAUGCCUUGAAACCCAACUCACCCCUGACUGAGCGGCUCAUCCGCAAGGCAGCCGCUGUGCAUCUUAUGCAAUGACCCAGGCCCAGUCCUUGGCCUACAGCUCAGUGCUAACCUCCUGGCAUUAGGUUAACUGUCCGGUUGGGUCAGGGUUAGGAAAUAGCUGGGCCUGCUCGUCAGAGAAUAAGGUUGAAUUCUCCAAAUCAGUCUUUGGUGGAAAUAGAGGACAGAAGUUAACUUUGAGUGCUAUUCAGGAUUCCUCUCAGGGUCAACAUGCAUUUUUAAGCCUUCAGAACCAAAGCAAUACUGUUAUUUGCAGGUGCCUUGAACAUUGUACUUUCUUGUUCAAGUAGGCCGGCAUGGCAGAGCUGUGGCCAGCUCAGCCGGGAGGUAUCCAAGCGCCUCCCACACACCUGGCACAGUGAAACUUUUCAUUUAGUUCCCCUUCUCUUCUACACAGGGCCUGCUGUCCCAUUUCCCUGGGGAGGAUUUCAGUGAACUGUCCAGGGUCCCAGCUAUCAGAAGCUUUUCCUUUUGUGAGGGGGUAGGGUUGAGGGAGGGUGUCGGGGUCCGAUGCCCCAACAUAAACUACUUUUCCCUCUCUGGACCGGCGUGGAGGAGAUGGGAAUAAAGACACGACUCACAUGG